AUGUCGGGGACAGGGAGACGGGGGCGGUGCUCAGUCAGGGCCCUAGGACUCCCAUUCCCCGCAGCCCAGGGCCUCCACUGCUGCCGCUACCUCCCAGAAUCUGUCAGCGAGCUCGCCUGUCUGCGCCUGCGUAGACCUUCACGCAGGCGCCGUAAGGACAUUUGUGUUCCAGGCGCCUGCUUAAUGCGUAACAGCGGCGCCGCAGCCGUAGGGGGAGGGGCGAUUAGUGGUUGGGCGGCCCGGCUGAGUUUCCUUUCUGCAAAUAGCUUCCGAGCCCAAGCUCGCUUAACGCGCAUCGAUAAGGUUAUCGUCGUCACGCCGGCCCGGCUGGGAGAGAGCGCGGGGAAACGCAGAAGCCCGCCGUCGCCGCGUUUAGGCUGGAACCACACCGCACCUGUUCAUUCCGGCUCCGGCACCAGACGCGACCAGAACCCAGACCUGCAAAAGCCCCUUCUGAGGUCCCGGGGCCGCCUAUCAAGUUCUGCGCUUUUAGUGCCAGGGAGAGUGGUGAGACGGCUCCUUCUGCUGCCAAACUGCGUGGUCUCCCGAAACUGGGAAGGAGCUUGUGCUUUCGUGAGCCCAGGGUACCUGCCAAGUGGCACUGCGGCCCCUGGGGCGACGGUGGCGAGCCGGUGGGUGCCCACGGGGAGCGCGCGGCUGUGGCCCCAGGGAAGGAAGGUCCCGCUUCGGUGGCCACGGGCGCCCCCUCCACGUCACGCCCAGCACAGCGCCGACUGGAGAAGUAGCAGGGCAGAGCGACCGUGUGGUGUCCUCAGGGACGCAGAGCCCCCGAGAGCCGGCCGCCCAGAGGGGUCGGGAGGGGAGGGCCGGGGACGCGCAGGAAACUUACCUCACCCGGGCAACGUUCGGCAGCCUCCGCGGUCGAGACCAGUUGCGCCACAGCCUGCAAGUUGUCGGGAUGUUGUCGCUUCCCCCGGGCAAGGGACAGCAGCGCAGCCGAGGGGUGGGGCCGGGGCCGGGGCCUGGGCAGGGGCGGGGGCGGGAAGGUGCCGGGCUGGAGCCGCGGGGCCAAACUCGCCCCAGACGCGCCUAGGCGGGGGCGCGCGGCUGCGAGUGUGCAAUGCGCGCGCGCCGCGGCCAGUGUGUGUGUCCCCGCUUUCCCCUUCCUUCCCCGCCGGUCCUCGGUCCGACAGGGCAGCGGGCGGCGGCUCCACGGCCGGGCGCAGCCUAGGCCACCAAACCUGGCUCCUCCUGGUCAUCCGCCCGCCGGACUCUGCUGUUUGCGGCGAAGCCCGCACUUACAACACGGGUGCCUCUCCACCAGCAAGGGGCAGGCCAGGAGCUGGAGGUGACGGGUGCUCCCCUUCUGAGGACAGCAGAUGUUCCCAGGAAGUAAGACCUAUCCAACAGAUUAGAAAACUGAGGUCUCCAGAUGUUAAGUGACCAGAGGAUUUGAACACAGUUUUCUUGACUCCUUACUUCUGAACAAAAACUAACAGCAACACUGGUCUAACAAGGUUCAAGAUACGAUCAGUAGAGGGGUCCACAGAAAUCAAAGAUGGAAGAUCAGCUCGACUGACUGAUGUGAUGGCUGUGUAGGGGCAGCACCCACUGCUCUAAGUAUGGGAUCCGGCCCCUGGGAAUCCCAUUCUCACCUCUCUUGCUCAGUCCUCUCUGAAAUUCAAGGAGUUAGGAAAUGAAUUCAUUUGGUAAAUAAAAGUACAGUCGGUUCCUGGUAAUUCAGGAGAAGGAAAAUUACACAGGCUUCAGUGUGGCCACAUAUAUAUAAGUACCCAGAUAUGUGCACCUGUACACAUCUUCCUUUCCCGUGAAAGCCUGGUGUUACCUUCAGUUUCCAGAGAGAAAUCACAAAGCAAACUGCCCAUGGGCUAUUCAGAGGGCUAUGAAGCAGAAUUCUAAGAAACGUGGUUUACAAGAGCCUUAAGAUUGUAUCAUUACCGUGAAUAAAAGAGUAGAAUGAGGAACUUUGUGGUGUGAGACUCAAAUUUCUUCUUGAUUCUAUCUUUAAUUCUGUCGGUAGGGAAUUGGGAAAGUCAUUCCUCUGCUGGAAGUAAGGCAACAUCAGUGUCACAGCAAUAGUGACUUGGCCAGAAAAUCUGGGAACCUAUUUGAAAAUCAGAAAAUGCUCGUCUACUUAUUUUACUUAGUUUCAAAUGUAAUUUUUCCAGUUGAUUCCAGACGUUAGUCCAGAAUCUUACUACUACUGUUUCAUACUACCCUUACACACAUGAGUUUCUUAUAGCAGAUUUGAUGGCAUUAAUGGUCCUUAGUUCAUGAUCUUCCUUUAUCCAGGAUAUUUACUUAGGCUCUUUCCCUAUAACUUUGUGUGUGUGUGCGUGUGCGUGUGCGUGUGCAUGUGUGUGUGUGUGUGCCAGGGAUCAAACGCAGGACCUCCUGCUUGCCAGGCAGGCACUUGUGCCACUGAGCUAAAUCUCCAGGCCUCUUCCCCUUUAAUUUUGUAGUUCCCUCCUACUCUCAGUUCAGCUGUAUGGUUUAUUCUGAUCAAUUGGAGAAUAUGAGGCUUGAUGUAACUGAAAUCUUGAAAAUAUGCAUUUCUGCACCUGCUCUUGGAAUUCUGCCAUCGCCCAGGGAACAAGCCUGCUGCGGGAGGAAAGACCCCAUGCAGCAGAGCUGAGUCACCAUAGCCGAGUCCCUCCUUGACCGGCCAGUCCUCAGCUGACUUCCAAGGCACAAGUAAGUCCAAAAGCUAUCAGCCAGACUUGAUCCAGAUCAACGUACCAUGCACCCAGCCACAGAGUCACAACAAAUAACAAAUGGUAGCUAGUAUAAGGCAAUGCUCCAGGCAUCUAUUGCUGCAUAACAAAUCACUCUAAAACUUAGUAGUGAAGAAUGCCAACCAUUUCCCUUUUCUUGUUGACUCUGUGGGUCUACUAAGCUCAGAUGAGCACUGGCUAAGGCCACAUUCUAGAAUGCAUACAGCGGGAAGCUGAGCUGGGCUGGAAGGUCCUGCAAGGCUUGCUCCCACAUCAAACAUCUCGGUCCUCCUCCUCAUUCCAAGGGGCUAGCUUGGCCUUUCUUAUAGUAAGUUGGUCAGAUUUCAUCUAUUUAUCCAAUUGUCAAGGGAAAGGGACUGAGUUUCAAAGUUUUAGAAAGUCAUCUCUACUUCAUUCUAUUGAGCAAAGCAAGUUGUGAGACCAAUCAGACUCAAGUGAAAGGGAAAUGGAUUGUGCCUUUUGCUUUGGGGGGAGCAUAUAUAAAACAAGAAUAAAAGGGCUUAGAGAUUACAUCGUCUGCUAAUUUUGUGGGUGCUUUGUUAUGCCACACUAGAUAACAUAUUGUAGGAAUUCACCUUGACCUGCCAUCUUAGAGCCAUGUUUAGUUGCAUCUGCGCUGAUUACUCCUGAGUAACCCUGGUCUGAUUUCCCUGCAUAGUUUCCUAUCAUACUGUAAGUAAACAAAACCUUUAGGGUGGUAUGUGGAGCUUUGUAACUGAUCCCUGUUGCUGCCAGUGCCAGGAAUAUGCCUUCUGUCUGUGGUAUUAGCUUGAAAGAAGCCAGGUACAUUCUGGCUUAGAUGAAGUCACUUUUACCCUAACGAUUAUAGACAUUCACUCUCUUUGACCUAAGUCAUGAGAAUCUAUCACCACUCAAGACACAAUUUCUCAGAUGUUCCCCAUAAAUUAUCUGUAUUAUCCUGGAUCUGUCUACCUCUUUAGUCUCCCAGCAUCUCGUAGCUGGUUCUCACACACAAGGACUGGAUUUCUUCAGAGCACAUACAUUCUUCUUAGCUAGGGGGCUUUGGACUACAGUAAGUCCCUGACCUAUAAACAUUCCAGUUAUGAACUUUCACAGAUACAAAUUGACUUUGCGUUACAAACGUGUAGAUUUAAAUAGUGACAGUCAUUCUCCUGUCUACAGGACAUCAUCACAAUUGUGCUGCUGCAUGCUUACUGUACAGUUUAAUAGCAUAUGGUAUUAAUAGCGUAUGGUGUUCAAUCAGAGGCCAGGAUGUCUGGAAACCAGAGCAAAAGCUCUGGUGAGGUGGAGCGGACUGUCAGGAUGUGCAAAGCAAUAUUCCAUGCAGAUUUGUGUCAAAGGUAUAUAAGACUCACUCUGUCAGGCUUACAAACCAAUCCAACUUAUGAAUGUUCUCCCAAAAAGGAGCUGGCUCAUAAGUCAGGAAAUGAAUGUAGUUAUAAAUCCUUUCUAUGAAAUUAGGGAGUUUGAGUUCCCCUAAAGUACUAAUGCAUAUUUAGCACUUUCUCUGGUGAUAUCUUAAGGGAAAAAGAAAUUCAGUAAGUAUUCAGAAAGGAGCUGUUAGAGGAAUUGGAGGUGAAUUAACCAGCUUUGGUCAUUUCCACCAGUUCAUCUAUCAUUUAUUUCCCAACGAGGGUAAAGAACAGGAAUCCAGAUAAAAAGCUUGCAUUGUAUCCAUCAACAUCAAAAAUAAAAAGGAGAACCUCCAUCCUUCACAACCCGAGGUCAUCCUUCUUCAGUAUUGUCUUCUGUUUCUAGAAGCUUCAUUUCCAAGCAGAUAAGAACAGGUAAGUGUUUCGAUUAUGCCCUUAUAUCUAAUUUCUAAUUUCAGAGGGAUAAUUUACCCUGGGGACUUAGUUCUCUAGUCUCAAGUUCACAAGGUUAGCAAAGGCUUAAAAGCUUAGGACCACCUCCCUUCUCUUCUUUGUUCCUCUGUCUUCUCUUUCUAACUUUUCUUUCUUUCCUUUUUCCUUCCUUUUUGUUUCUGUUUGCUUUUCCUUUCUUAAUCCUAUCCAUCCCCUUAUUGCUCUCAGGACUGGAAAGAGUAUUGAACUAGGAGUCAUGGGAUCUGAUUUCUCUUUUCAGUUCUGUCUCUGCAACAGUGAACUGUUCACUCUCUCGGUUUUAGAUGCCUGUACCACGAGUAUCUGAGACAACAAGCUCUAGAAUGUCCCUAUCGUUCCGUAAUCCUUGAGUACCUUCUGCAGUGAAUUUAGCAGCAAUCUUCAGACCCUUUAGAAAAGCUGUGCCUAUAUCACUUCCAUGUUUGUCCUAUUUUUUUCUUCUAAUCAGAAAACAUGCAUCUUUAGCAGCUGUAAGCCCUGUUUAACUCAUUGUUCUUUGUCCAGAGGUUGCUGUUACCCUAACUCACUUCAAAACAUGCUGAUGUCUACAUUCUUCAGUGAGAAACAAUACAAAAACCAGAGGCCAGUGUUAGCAGGCACACAAGUCUGACCCUAAAAAAAUGUUUUCCCUAGAAAACCUAUCUGAUAAUUCAUAUAAGAAAUAUAAAAACAGGAAGGGGGAAAGGAAGGAAAGAAAAAAGCAAAAAGAAGGAAAAAGUGAAAAUGAAACUUUUGUAAAUAAGGAAGGAAGGGUUGAAAGAAAAUAGGGGAAGGGGAAAUAUCAAGAUAUAUCAUGUACGGAUACAAAUUCCCUACAAUGAAUGUGAUCAUUUUAUAUACCUAAAAUAUACCAUAAGCUUAAUUAAUUAAAAAAAGAAAUAUAGACACAAGCUAAGAAAGCUUUUCCUAACAAGUUUAUACAAAAUGCAAUUAUAUAUACUAAGAUAAUAAUUUUUUAACAAAAAUAUGCCUGUUAACAAUUCCUGAAAAAGAAGAAUUAAAAAUUGAAGUACUCAUAGUAAGCUUGAGGAAUUCUAAAAAUUUUUAAAUUGGUGUUACAUCAUUUUUACUUUUUAAAAAUGUGCAUGCCAUGAAACAUAUUAGUUGAAUUUUGACAUACCCAAACCAUGUAUUUUAAAUAAAGUUCAGUUGCUAUUUUUCUCUUCAACAUCUUUCUCUUGCUACAAACAGACUCACGUACAUACCUUUACUAGGUGCAUUUUCAUUUUUCAUACAAGUUACAAAAGCAAAAUGUAUCAAAUGGUGGUUAAUUUGAAGAGUGAAAAAGAAGCAAGAGAAUAUCAGAAUGGAGGAGAUGAAAAAGAAAAACUAGAAAGUUGCUAGCAUUGCAGAGAUCGAGGCUGCAAUUCAGAAAGCAUCCUAGAGACAUAUAACAUUUUUGUACAUGGUUUCUAUAUCAAGCCUGAACUUGAUUUUUAGGAAGCUGGAAGUUAAGGUGUUAAUAAAGGAUGAAGGGACCUCCUUUGGGCUGGACCUACUGAUUUAAAAUCUUGAGCCAGAAGAGGCAGACAGAAAUAAAUCUGCUGUGUCCCUGAAGACACGUUGAAAAAUCUGUUACAGCUUUAUACCCUGAAGACCAGUGUGUUGAAGUAAUUUUCCUCAAGUCACAAAAUUCAACAGCAGGACCAAGAAUCAAAUCCAAGGCUGCUAUUUCAUCCUUCGAGUGGAGAGUGGGGGUGGGAAUCACGGGGUAAGAGGGAUCCGUACAAUGUGCCCUGGCUCAUCAUGGUUAAGCAUAUGUUUCUCAUGCCAAAACUUUCUUUGUUCUAUAAUGUGAAAUUGUUUUCUACUUCCUUGUACUUGUGAAAUGUUUCUCGGCAAUGGUAAACACACUUGGCAUUAAAUGGGUUUAAAAAGGAUGACAGGUCAUGAAAGACUACCAGGAAAUAAAGUCAUCCCCCAUAUCUGUGGGGCUCGGCUCCAGGACAUCCCACAGACACCAAAGCCUACAGAUGCUCAAGUCCCUUAUAUAAAGUGGCAUAAUAUUUGCAUAUAACCUACACACAUCCUCCUGCAUACUUUAAAUAAUCUCUAGAUUACUCAUAAUAACUAAUUGAAUGUAAAUGCUAUGUAAAUCAUUGUUAUAUCCUAGUUUUUAGGAAAUAAUGACAAGAAAAAGUGUACAUGUUCAACAGAGAGGCAACCUUUUCCUCUAGAUAUGUUUCAUCCACUGUUGUUAGAGUGCACAGAUAUAGAACUCAGCAUUUAUGGAAUUGUCUUGGGUUGCAUACAAAAUGUAUAAUGUGGUUCAUGCAUAAAAGUAACAAAAUUUCCUUUACUUUUAAUGUUUUUAUUAUAAUAUUAAAAUGAAUUAACAUAACAAGCUGUGGGUCACUGUGGGAAGCCGCCUAUGAAUGGCGCCCAUUUCCUGCUUCCGGGUUCUUCCCGGCCUGAACAAGCCCGCCAAAUUGUCAUGUCUGCCCAGUUACCCGUGACGCUAGCCUAUCAGCUUGUUAGACGCGCUUCUCUGUGAUUGGAUACUGCUUCCCCUUAUAAGAGGCUGUUCCUGCCCCCAACGGGCAGAAGAGGAACCAACGUUGAGGGUGGCGGACCUUGUUAGGUCCGGUUCGCUGUACGCAAUAAACUUUGAGAGCUGAUCCUGCUCGAGUCUGGCCUCCUGUCUCCCGCGGCUCCGGUCAUCUGGUGGCCCGUAUGGGGAAAAAGGUAAAAGACUCAGCGACGUGCCUCUUCGGCCGGGGGGUGCGAUUGCUGUCGCCUGCGGUACGACGGAGGACCUGGCCCAAUAACAACGGAAGGCCCCGAGCGCCUCUUCUCUUCACCCUGAUCAGCUACGUGAGAUACAGCGGUUCCCGGGACAGGUGAGUACUGGAUCGCCUGGGUUGGGUGGACGCACCUAACAGAUUUUGAGCGCCACACGGGUGGACGCCGGUCUUUUUUUUUUUUUUUUCUUUGCAUUUGUUUCGCUUUCGCUUCGCCAUUUGGGGCAAUGCUGCUCGUAAACCCCUCGCUGACUCCCUAAGAGUCCUGCUGCGGACCCGAGGCAUCUACAUAAACCGGGUCACCCUUUCGAGAUUUCUGGCCUGGUUUUGGCCCACGGGCUCUCUAACCCUCCUGUCAUGGGAGAAGUUAGGAGGGGAUCUUAGAUGCGCCCGAGAAGAGGGACGCUUGGAUCCUAUGGUUCUACCCCUAUGGGAGAUGAUUAGAGCUUGCCUAACGGAUGAGCAGAUCCCCGGACUUCAUACAGCCCGACAGGCUUUUGAUAAAGCUCGAUCGGAAUGCUCAGAGGAGCCCGGAGCCACUGCCGAUUGUGGGUCUCCGGAGGACCCUCAGGGCUCUACUUCUGAUUCUGAUUUGGAAGGUUCAGAAGAGGAGGUUGUCUUCGCUAAACAGGACCCUCCUGCACAGCUUAAAGAGGAAUUCAGGGCUCGGGAAGAUAAAAAGGGGAACCAAACACCACCCUGCUCGAGCUACUCCACCUUACGGGAGGAGCUUAAGCCCUUCCGCCCUUUGGCAAGUUCGCGACCCACGAUCACCCCCUUCAGGGCGCCAGGCCCCACUGCACCGCCGUGGCCGGAAGAGGAGUUGUUCCCUGGGCUGCCACCUCCGCCCGUGGCCGCCGGAGGGUGCCCACAAUCCAUGGCACCGCCCUGGUUAGAGGGAGAGCUACUUCCUGGGUUGCCUUCUGCGCCCCCAUCUGGGGAGGGAGGAGGACGUUCCUUCCACCAGAGGGUAUGGUCGCGGCUUCCCUUUGAGUGUUCUGGUCUCCAUGCAUUCCCGGUAGCCCUUAGAAAUUAAACAACUUAAAGCUAUCAAGGACACAGUUUCAGCUUAUGGGCCCAAUGCGCCAUUUACCAUGGCGCUUUUAGAGGCAUUGGCAGGCCUGUGUGAUCUCUUCACCUCAACAAUCUAUUGGUGUUAACCCGAGAGGACUGCGCCCAAAUCAUAUUUGGCAAAUGGAUGUUACACACAUCCCAGAAUUUGGAAAACUUAAAUAUGUUCAUGUUUCGGUAGAUACCACCUCCCAGGUUAUGUUUGCCUCGGCAGAACCCGGAGAAAGGGCCACCCACGCUAUUAAUCAUUGCCUGGCAGCCUGGGCUGCUUGGGGAAAGCCCAAUAUAUUAAAAACAGACAAUGGUCCUGCUUACACCAGCAAAACUUUUGUAACAUUCUGUCAACAAAUGGAUGUUGUCCUUAAACAUGGCAUUCCAUAUAACCCUCAAGGACAAGGCAUCAUUGAACGGGCACAUCGGACACUCAAGGGUGUCUUACAAAAGCAAAAAGAGGGGAUAGGCCACGGCCUAACGCCCAAAGGAAGAAUAUCAUUGGCACUCUUUACCAUAAAUUUUCUCAAUUUAAACCACAAUAAUCAUUCCCCUGCCAUGGAACAUAGCAAUCCGUCCCCAACCGACAAAGGGCUGGUUAGAUGGAAAGAUGUCCUUACAGGACAAUGGAUGGGCCCGGAUCCAGUGAUUAGCUGGACCCGAGGUGCGGUUUGUGUCUUCCCACAGGAACCAGGUCGCGAGCCGCUGUGGGUCCCGGAAAGAUUGACGCGAGCAGUAAACUCCCCACCAGUUCCUGAUAAAGCACAGGAGGAUAAGCCCUCGGACACAAGUCAACUCGACCCUUCUGGGACCGACGCUCAGCGCCCGAGACCAUCUACAAACUAAAAUGUCUGGUUUGGAGCUUUUUCUAUUCUGUAGGUUCCUAUUAAUCACCCCUGUUCGCACAAAUUUGACCAACACUGUUAAAAAUAUGACAGCUUGGCUGCAAGACACCUACCUACCUAAGUUUCACAAUUUGUCCCUCAUAGUUGGUCAGGAACUUGACAAUAUGGACGGUAUCCAACUAGGUCCAGUCAGGUUCGAUUUAUCAACUUUAGGCAGUGUUAUAGCCAGUUUGUGGGAACGCGUCACCUCCUGGUUCUCCUGGCCCAACCUGACUACUUGGAUCCUGAUUGCCGUGGCCAUCCUAGUGGGGCUUGUGGUUAUUAAAUACUUGUUAGAUCGCCUCAUACAAAUUCAGCAGCAGGUUAAGAUCACAGCUAUGGCAGCCAUGCAAAUGGCAGCAGGUGGCCCAUCAGGCCAGCAGGCCGCCGCAUAUCUCCUUCACAUUGCAGAACAUCAGCUAUAAGAGCUGAGUGGGCAAGCCAAUGACGGGUAAGACGGGAAAAGCCCUCCCGGUCAACCUAAGACAGGCUCCACUCAGAUAUACAUGGCCUAUAAGGCCAGGGGUCCCUCCCGGAGUCAAAUUAUUGGCAUUGAGAUGCGAGACCAAGGGUACUGCAGUGCCAUCCGCCUCAAAGGUUGGGGGGAAGGCAGGAAUGAAUGUCUAUAUGCAUCCAGGUUCGGUUCACAAAAGCCUGGCCCUGCGAAAAAAUGAACCACUCACCUUGAGCAUGGUCCUGGCGCAAGGAUAUGCACAAAACAGGGUGAUGCACAGCAGGGUAUAGACCUCUACAUUCUCUCAUGCCUCGGCCUACAAGGUAGGCCCACUCCUAGGUGUCUAACAGCAACAAGGUCAUAGACACCUUGGAGAGACCCACAGACCAUCCUAUUUUAAUAAAUAAAAAAGGGGGAGAUGUGGGAAGCCGCCUAUGAAUGGCGCCCAUUUCCUGCUUCCGGGUUCUUCCCGGCCUGAACAAGCCCGCCAAAUUGUCAUGUCUGCCCAGUUACCCGUGACGCUAGCCUAUCAGCUUGUUAGACGCGCUUCUCUGUGAUUGGAUACUGCUUCCCCUUAUAAGAGGCUGCUCCUGCCCCCAACGGGCAGAAGAGGAACCAACGUUGAGGGUGGCGGACCUUGUUAGGUCCGGUUCGCUGUACGCAAUAAACUUUGAGAGCUGA